AUGGCUCCCGAGACUUGGCUGGUCAAGGUGAAGAAGACGAUCGCCCAGAGUCUCGACUCGGUGCGCGCCGGCCCACCGAUCGCGAAGAAGCUGCUGAACAAGAGAUCAAACGUCGGCGUUUUGGCCUUCGAGGUCGCCGGCCUCAUGUCCAAGCUCCUCCACAUAUGGCAGUCCCUCUCGGACCAGAGCAUCACCCGACUCCGGGCCGAGUCCGUACGCCUUGAAGGUGUUCGAAAAAUUGUCUCAAACGACGACGCGUUCCUGUUGGGCCUGGCCCGGGCCGAGCUCGUUGAGAAUCUCAAAUCCAUCGCUAAAUCCAUCUCCCGCAUCAGCCGGAGGUGCGAGGAUCCGUCCCUCCGGAGCUUUGAUCGCCUGCUCCGCGAAUUUGCUGACUCCGGCCACGACCCGUACAACUGGGUUCUCACCCCGAAGGAGAUGGAGUCCAAGAUCAAGAAAAUGGAUCAGUACGUUACCACCACCGGCAAUCUGCACCGGGAAAUGGUUGAGCUCACGGCCGUCGAAACUUCCCUGAAGAAAUCACUUGCACAGAGCUACAUCAAAGAUUACUACAUAAACGACGCAUCCGCCAAAGAACAGAGGCUAAUUGACUUGCAGCACAAGAUCCUCUGGCAGAGGCAGGAGAUUAAGUACCUAAAGGACAAGUCUUUAUGGUCCAAAAGCUUCGACACGGCCACAUUGCUGCUAGCCCGGCCCGUCUUCACCAUCCUCGCAAGAAUCAAGCUCGUUUUCGGAGGCGGGCCCGAGUCCCAACUGUCCCUUCCCCGCAGCCUCUCGUCCUCGUCGGCCUUGGUGUACCCAUCGUCCGAGAACCCGAUUUCCUUCGUCUCGGGCCCUCUUGUAAAAGUCCCGCCAAACGUCGAUGGGUUUUUCGAGCUGAAUUCCAAUAUCUUAAGGCCUCCCCCAACUACAUUGGGAGCAGCCGGAUUAGCCCUACACUAUUCGAAUUUGAUAAUUGUGAUGGAAAAAAUGAUCCGGUCGCCUCAUCUGGUCGGGGUCGAUGCUAGGGACGAUCUAUACGCGAUGCUGCCUAAUAGUAUUCGUUUUGCGCUGAGGGCCCGUCUGAAGGGUGUCGGGCUCUCGGCCAUUCAUGUUAGGAUACUGAGGCAUGAUUUGCAGGUCUUGUUAAGAUAUUCUUCGGCAAAAUUGUAUUUUUAG